AUGCUCCUUUUCACCGUCUCUCCUCCCUCCCUCCCUCCCACCACCUUCACCUUCUCACCUGAAUCCUCAAUGGAAGAUUCUCAGUCCCACUCCCACUCUCACUCUCAGUCUCACGCGCAGCACCACUCCGGUGAAGACCUCGAUGCUCUCCAGAGCAGUCGUGUGAUUCACGCCGCUGAUGGAAGCUCCGAUGCCUCCGACGCCGUGUUCUCUCGCGGCGUCGCCGGAUCCAACUGCGGCGCUAGGUACAAGCUCAUGUCUCCGGCGAAGCUCCCGAUCGCGAGGUCCGCCGGUAUUACCAUCCCCCCUGGAUUGAGUCCGACUUCGUUCCUCGAAUCUCCUGUUCUUCUCUCUAACAUCAAAGCAGAGCCUUCUCCCACCACAGGAUCUUUCUCAAAUCUUCAUUUGAUGCAAGGCUCUGGUGGCUCUGCUGCAUUUUCAUUUCCGGAUAGCAGAGCUUUUAGUCAAAGAAAGUCGAGCAACUUUGAGUUUAAGUUUCCCAUUGGAUCAAGUUCUACAUCUGCAUCAACAUCAAUAGAACCUAUGACAUCUGCAGGCUUGAACCAGCAGCAAAGUGAAACUCAGAGACAAGUUCAAAAUCAAUUCAUUUCUCAGUCAUUGGCCACUUCAUCUGUGGUUGAAUCUUCAAUUCCUACAUCAAAUGAAUUGAACUUAUCUUCAGCUGUUGCACUGCAUACUGCGUCUGUUGGUACUGAUGCAAUUGAGUCUGAUGACCUAAAUCAGAGGGGGAAAGCAGUGAAUGCUGAUCAGUCUUCUGUCACAGCUGAAAGAUCAUCAGAUGAUGAGUAUAACUGGCGAAAGUAUGGCCAGAAACUUGUAAAAGGAAGUGAAUUUCCACGGAGCUAUUACAAGUGUACAUAUCCAAAUUGUGAAGUGAAAAAGAUAUUUGAACGCUCUCCUGAUGGAAAAAUAACAGAGAUUGUAUACAAGGGUUCACAUGAUCAUCCUAAACCCCAACCCAGUCGUAGAUUUACUCCUGGUGCAAUGAUGCCCAUCCAAGAAGAUAAAUUUGAGAAAGAAUCAUUUUUCAAUGGUCAAGAAGAUAAGUUCAACUCCAUUGCCCAGACUGGUCUUCCAGAACCAAGUGGGAUCCCUAUUCUUUCACCUCAACGAGUAGGUGAUGAUAUCCAUGAAGGUGCAACUUUACUACUGCAGGGUACUAAUGAUGACACUGAUGAGGAUGAUCCAUUUUCAAAAAGAAGGAAGAUGGAUGGCUGUGUUGAUAUCACACCAGUGGUUAAGCCUAUCCGUGAACCACGUGUUGUUGUUCAAACUGUGAGUGAGGUUGAUAUAUUGGAUGAUGGCUAUCGGUGGCGUAAAUAUGGACAAAAAGUUGUCAGGGGGAAUCCAAAUCCCAGGAGCUAUUACAAGUGCACUAAUGCUGGAUGCCCAGUCAGAAAACAUGUUGAAAGGGCUUCCCAUGAUCCCAAAGCUGUUAUAACCACAUAUGAGGGAAAGCACAAUCAUGACUUACCAGCAGCCAGGACUAGCAGUCAUGAAAUGGCAAGCACAGCACCCGAAAGUGGAAUAUCCAGAGUCAGGCCAGAAGAGAAUGACGUGAUUAGCCUUGAUCUAGGGGUUGGUAUUGGCUAUGGCACUGAGAACAGGACCAAUGACCAGCUUCAUUCACUGGCUCCAGAAACUGUCCCAACUCAAGUUCUAGCUUCAGGUGGUGGAAUGAUGGCAGUUCAAGCACCAGCUAUUGUGCGCUAUGGUAUUGUAAAUGGUGGUAUCAACCGAUUCGGGUCUAGGGAAAAUCAUGUUCAAGCACCUGGCUUUGAGACUCUACCUUUACAAUCGUCCAACCAAUGCCCUCAAACCCUUGGGCGAAUACUUAUGGGCCCAUAACUGUCUUGCAAACCAAGCUAUAGGUGCAGUAACAAAAAGCCACGAACGUCUUGAUGAAUGACUGGCUAUAUCUCUAGUCUAGCCUACAUAUUUUAAGAACUAAUGUUGUAUAAUACCCCGUCUUUGUUCCUUCGCAACCACUUUUCUAUGUAAUUAAUUGGUUGUCCUAGUUCUAUAGGAGAAACAUCAGAAAUGUAACAUAAUAUGGAACCCGAGCAAUUAUUAGCCACAGUGUCUUCCUUGCAAGUCAUGGCAAUUUUUGUCUCUUCUGUACGUGUGAGAUGAGAAAUUUUAUGUGAUGCAAAUAGCUUGGAGUCCUUUGAGUCUGUAGCCCCCUUAGUAGCAUGGAACUUUUUUGUCAUCUCUUUAAACUUUUAUCCUAUCUUUGCUCAGUUGCUGUAUAGAUAAUGAAUGCAAGUAUUAUCCUUUACAGCC